GGCGGUACUGACCUGGCACUGGAUAGGUAGCACUGAUUGGCAGCACUGAUGGGUGCCACUGACUGGCAUUGAUAGGUGGCACUGACUGGCACUGAUGGUGUGUCACUGAAAGGCAGCUCAGAUGGGUACUGAUAUGUGGCACUGGCAGGUGGCAUGGAUGAGAACUGAGAGCUGGCACGGAUGGACACUGACAGGUGGCGCUGCGGGGGCUACACUGAUCAUCAGUGCGCUGAUGCGGCAUUUUCCCUGUUACAUGUUAUCACUGUGAUUGGACACAGCUGAUCACAUGACCGAGCCGACAUCUUCGGC